AGCUGGCGGCGUUGCAGAGGAGGCGGCACGGGCGCAGCAGAGCCGGGGCUGAGGGGCACAGCGAGGCUCGGCCGGCGGAGCGGCGGCAUGCGGCGGUGUCGGGGCGCGGGGCUGGCGGCGCUGGCCGUGCUGCUGCUCGUGCCUUCAGGCAGAGCCCAGGUACAGCAGGAGCCACUCCUGGAGACCCCCGAGGGCAUCGGCAUCAAUAUCACCUGCUCACAUCCCAAAAUCCAGAGCUACGAUUUGAUCCAGUGGUACCGGCAGCUGCCGAGCCGAGCUCUCGAAUUCCUCGCCCUCACUGCUAGAGGCUCCAAGGAUGUGCCGGCCAUUGCGGGCCAGCUGCGGGUGUCGGCAGACCGGCGCUGGAGCGCGCUGUGGCUCGGGCGGCCCCGGCGCGGGGACGCGGCCGUGUAUUACUGCGCGCUGGGGGCCCGGGCAGAGGAGCCGGGGCUGCGGCCGGGCACGAACCGCCGCGGGCGGGGCCGGCCGGGGCCAGCAGGGGGCGCUGCCGCUCCGCCCGCCGGGGCCGCCUCGCCCCGCUCGGCCCGGGAUCCCGGGGCGCUGCCGCCACCGGCACCGGCACCGCCACCGACACCUGCACUGACACCAGCACCGGCACCGAGUCACCGACCAGCUUGCAGUCUCCGGCCUCCCUCAGCCCCUCUUCUCAGCACUGGUUUAAUGGGCCCCAGCUGCCUGAUCUCCCUAGCACGAAUCCCAUCCAAUCCCAAAGGCUUGUGAGCAUCUACGUCGCUUAGUAAAUCUUUAAGUUCUUCCGUCUGGAUAACAGGAGUUCCGUGCUGCUUACCUUCCCUGUCUCCUAGAUCAGGAGCCCAGUUGUCCUGAUGAUCAUCAAUCCCACUCCUGAAGACUGAGGCAAAGAAGGUGUUAAGCACCUCAGCCGUUCCCUCCUCUUAGCUGAAUAGGUGUCCAGUGAAGAACGGUGAUUGUCCUCGGUCCUCGUUUAUGUAUUUGUAAAAACACUCUUUAUUACCCCUUACAGAAUUGGCCAAAUCAAGUUCGAACUGA